UCUCUCUGAAUGACUCGAGGAGAGUGCAGGAGCUACGGGGUGUUGCUUCAUGGAUCUGGUUUUCGUGCACACACGCGUUCAGAGUGUGCUGCUGCGGAAGCAUCUGUUUAUUUUUGGCGUCUGACAUUAAAGCUUCACCCUUUUGCGAUGGCGGCCCCGCCCCGCAGAGCCGGGACAGCACCGGGGUUUGACCGGAGACUCUUUGUCCGUCCUCUGACGCUUAACGAACACACCGAGUGAUUGUGAUGGAUAAACCGUAAUAACGGGGACUGACCGACACGGGACAAGCGACCAGCUGUGAGCUGUGAGAGGAGAGCCAUCAUGACCAAAGACCAGGAGGUCCCAGACUGGGUGGGAGCCCAGGAGUUCUAUGAGAAGUACGAGACCAAGGAGAUCCUGGGAAGGGGAGUGAGCAGCGUGGUGCGUCGCUGCAUCAACAAAAGGACGUCUCAGGAGUUUGCGGUGAAGAUCAUCGAUAUCACCCCCUCGGACAAGACGACCCCGGAGGAGAUCGAGGAGAUCAGGGAGGCGACUGUGAAGGAGAUCGACAUCCUGAGGAAGGUCUGCGGACAGGACAACAUCAUACAGCUCAAAGACUGCUAUGAGUCCCACGCCUUCUUCUUCCUGGUUUUUGACCUGAUGAAGAGAGGGGAACUUUUUGACUACCUCACAGAGAAAGUUACUCUGAGUGAGAAGGAAACCCGGAACAUCAUGCGUGCUCUGCUGAAGGUGGUCCAGAUCCUCCACGGCCAGAACAUCGUCCACCGGGACCUGAAGCCUGAGAACAUCCUUUUAGACGACCAGAUGAACAUCAAACUCACCGACUUUGGCUUCGCUGUGCAAAUCCAGCCGGGACAGAGGCUCAAAGAGGUGUGUGGGACUCCUGGUUACCUCGCUCCUGAGAUCAUCGAGUGCUCCAUGGACGGAGGGCACACAGGAUACGGUACCGCUGUGGACAUAUGGAGUUCAGGGGUGAUCAUGUACACGCUACUCGCAGGCUCUCCGCCCUUCUGGCACAGGAAACAGAUGAUGAUGCUGCGUAUGAUCUUGUGUGGGACCUACGACUUCUCGUCUCCAGAGUGGGAGGACCGCUCAGACACCGUUAAAGAUUUGAUCACCCGGAUGCUGGUGGUGGACCCAAAGCAGCGAUACACAGCUAUAGAAGUCCUCAACCACUCGUUCUUUUCUCAGUAUGUGGUGAAUGAAGUGCGGAAGUUCACUCCAUACAGGCGAUUCAAGGUCAUUUGCAUGACCGUUCUCGCAACGAUGCGAAUCUACUGUAACUACCGGCGUGCCAAGCCCGUCACCAAGGAGGUGAUCAAGAGUGACCCGUACGCCAUCAAGCCCAUCCGCAAGCUCAUCGACGCGUGUGCAUUCAAGAUCUACGGCCACUGGGUCAAGAAGGGACAGACUCAGAACAGAGCAGCACUUUUCGAGAACACUCCCAAGGCCAUCCUGCUGUCGAUGGCUGCCGAGGCCGACGAGCCGGUCCACAUCAUCUGGUAAUGAGCACGCGUUCCUCGGGAUGGGAGUGAUGCUCUAUACUCAGCUUGUGUUGUAUAAAGGAAGUGAACUGGUAAAAUAUAAAGAACUACCGCCAGACCAGGUUAACUUAAGUUUGUCUUAAAUGUGGAGAGCCUGUUGUGCUCAUGAAUUUCAACAUGCAGCAUUGUUGGAUUGAUUUGCCUAAAGAACUGCCAAGUGUGGCAAACAAAACAUCUGCAACAUCACCACUGUUCACUUGUUUUCUGUCCUAAAUGUUGAUUGAAUUAACAGAUUUACUGGUAAAAUGGCAGGUUAGAGUAAAUAUUGAAUGUCCCAAGAACCCAUUCUCAACUGUUUUGACUGGAAAUGGACAUUCUUUGACGCCUGGAAUGGAUUGUUUUUAAUGACUAUGCAUAAAUCUCCAUUUUCAAACAGACAGUAGUGUUUCACAUUAUCUUUUACUGUAUAGAUAGUUUAUUAAUCCCGUAAGGGGACAUUUUUUCACUACAGCAGCAUUUGUUUAAGUGUUUGUUUUGUUCAAGGUUAGAAUAUAGAUUCAAUUUUUAAAUUAUCGCAUUCAUAAAAUCACUUGGAUAAGCAUUAUGCCAACUCUUCUCAAUCUGUCAUUGUCAGGACUGACAGCAAAAGCAAACCUUGUGGAAAUAAUAUUUAACAGAUUUGAAUAAGCAGUGAACCUGCAUACUUGAAAUGGCAUGUACUGUAUAACUAUUUGAUUACGCAGGAUGAACCGCACUAAAUUACGUUACUGUGAUGUUAACAGCUUCAAGGGACGGUUUAAUUAUUAGCACUUUAAAAAGAAUGCUAUGGAUUUAUUUAUUAAAAUAUGCAUUUCAUUUAAAACCCCAAGUCUUGUUAUUGUAAAGUGUCAGACCUUUUGUGGUGCUUAUGAAAUUUAAGAUAUCAGGAGUCUGUGUUUUUUUUGUACAACUUUAAGCAGAAUAUAGAAAGCUAAUACACAAGACCAGUUUUGACCACUUUUACAAGUUUAUUACAAAAGAAGAGUGGGGUACAGCUUUAAAGUACAAACAACCAUCUGAGGGCAGGUGGAGCUAGUUUUCAGCACAAGACACUGCUUUCCCUCGUGGAGCUGCAGGUUGAAAAAAAAAAAAAAAAAGAAGAAUUUAGAGUUAAAAUAAAAUCACAGCGAGAGGUUGAUAGGUAUUUGGAUAUUUCAUCAUCAUGUUCUUACCGUGAACAAAAGGAGUCGACUACUUUUCUCCUGUUCCUCUUCAGAAGUAGCCACUGCAGAAUUUAGAAAAUAAAGAUGAAUACGAAAAACAA